GUUCCCUCUCUCUCUGUUUUUGUUUGACGCUGUAAGAAGGGACUGGGUUUGGUUUGGAGAAUCCCGUGCUGCUCGAACACCCAGAUUUGUGGUUUUGGUGGGUUUGGCUUUAGGACCUUGGUGAUUGAUUCGAAAGGUUUUUAAGAAAAAAAAGGGAGAAGAAGAGCAAUUGGUCUGCGUUUGGUUCGGAUAUUAUUCAGAGAUCGAAGAAGGGACCGUGGUGUUCUGAUUUGUGGCUUUGGUGGGUUUGGCUAGAGUGAGGAUCGCAGAGACAGAGAGACUCUUAAUAUUGUUGGAGAAGAGGCUUCGAACAUUGAAGAGAGGACAUCGGUUGAUAGCAGUCACCGUGUUGGAAGGAAGAAGAAUCGGGUGAUUGUUUUGAGCAAGAAACUUGGUUUACUGUUGUGACUAAAAGUUGAGAACUGCUUUGUUUAUUUUGAUCCUGCAGCACUCAAAUCAAGUUGCCUAAUUGUGCAGCUGACUCUUGAUUUAGUAGCAUUAGAUAGUGAAGAUGCCCCGUAGGCCGAUGAGGCAUCGUGGACUGGUGAUAUCGCGUCCUCUGACCUUUUCCCAAUUUGCUCGUCAAUCAGCCGCUAGGGUUGCCUCGGUUUAUACCGCCAAGCGUCAAAUGCACAUCGCAGAAGUCCUUCAAAAAUCACCACCAAACUCCGCAGGUAAUAAAACAGUAAAGAAUAAGUUGAAAGCCAAGAAUGAACAGUUGGAAUCUUCUGAAGAAGAAGAGUUCGAUGGAAAUGUUCAAGUAGAUUUUGCAUUCUUUGAUCCAAAAGCCGAUGACUUUCAUGGAGUGAAGACCUUGCUGCAGACCUACCUUGAUGAUAAAGAGUGGGAUUUGAGUGGUUUUGUAGGCUUAAUAUUGGAACAGACCACUGUAGGGUCUGUUGUUAAAAUAGAGGAUGACGAAGAUAAUGGAAUUUUUUCUCUUGUUACCACCCUUAACUUGGGGAGAUACAAGGACCAGAAAUGUAUGACAGAGAUUAAUGAGUUUCUCCUGAAAGUUUCUCAGAAGGAUGUAAUAGAUGACCUGAGAUCACUUUUGGGAAAGGAAGCACAUAGUGUUGGUCUGUUGGUUUCUCAACGUGUGACAAAUUUACCUCCACAGCUCUUGCCACCUCUUUAUGACGGCCUCUUUAACGAAGUCUCUUGGGCUACAGAAGAUGAGCCAACAGAGGAGCUCAAGAAUUCUUUUCGAUUUAAGUUUUAUAUAAUAAUCACUAAAUUUUACAGGCACAAAACUGCUGACCAGAAAAGGAAGCAGAAUGUUAAUGAAGAGGCAAUAAUAUACGUAAAGCCAGAAGAUGAAAUAUUUCACAAGCUCAGCUCCUGGUCCUUUGAAUUUUCUUUGAACUCUCCGCAGAUUGCACCUCAUGAGCUAAGAAACUAUCAGCAAACGGGGUUAGUCAUGGCUGUAAAAGCAGACAAGGUCUCUACAUUCCAACAACAGCUGCAAUCUUUAAUCGAGGAACCUUGAUUCUCAUUGCAAGGUCCCAUUUUCCUUUUGCGGGUGCCUGAAUAAUAGAGAGAGCUAGAGGCAAAUGCAUAUUACAACCUUCACGUGGUGAGGAUCUAAGAGCCGUUCAUCAACUUCAUUUGGUCCCAACUCCCAAAUGGUCCCUCCUUCCCUCUUAAGAUUCAUCGAGAAAGUUAAGUCUCUAAUGGGAGGUACAGACAAGUAUGGACUAUGGAGCAACGUGUCGUGGAUCAUUAUGCUCUCUAUUAUCUUGGAGAUUUUAUAUGAACCAGUGAGGAAAAUAGACAAGCAGGGAAUACCAUCUGGAUGAGAGCAAGGGAUUAUGAAUUUAUGCAAAAAGACCAAAGAAUAGUACUAUCGCAAAUUUGGUCUUAAAAUUUGUGUGUGGCGGUUAGAACAAUAAGUAGGGUUUAGUACCCUUGUUCUUUUAACUCUGACAAUUUCUUUGAAAUUCCGUAGUCUUUAGUUCUUUAUUUA